AGGACUGAAUUCCUCGGCUAGUCGCUGGCUGCGUGCGGGCGGCCCGCACAGCGUCAGGUGCGCUCGCCAAGUAAGCGCGUUCUUUGGCUCCCGCGGUCCUUGGUGGGUCGGGCGGGGCUGCAGUGAGUAGAUUGGCUUAUUUUGGGGGAGCUGCGGGGCAGUGCUCAUCCUGAAGAUCAGGUGAUCAUUGACAUCAGCCAUGUCAUCGAGGCCUUUUGAAAGUCCACCUCCAUAUAGACCUGAUGAAUUCAAACCCAAUCAUUACGCACCAAGCAAUGAUGUCUAUGGUGGAGACAUGCACAUUCGACCCAUGCUCUCUCAGCCGGCGUAUUCUUUCUACCCAGAAGAUGAAAUUCUUCACUUCUACAAAUGGACCUCUCCUCCAGGAGUCAUUCGGAUUCUGUCUAUGCUCGUUAUCGUGAUGUGCAUUGCCAUAUUUGCCUGUGUUGCCUCCACACUUGCCUGGGAUCGAGGCUAUGGAACUGGUGUACUGGGUGGUGGUCUAGGCUACCCUUACAGCAGUGGCUUUGGGAGCUACGGAAGUGGCUAUGCCUAUGGUUAUGGCUAUGGUUAUGGCUAUGGAGGCUACACAGAUCCAAGAGCAGCAAAGGGCUUCCUCCUAGCCAUGGUGGCCUUUUGUUUCAUUGCUGCAUUGGUAGUAUUUGUUACCAGCGUAAUACGAUCUGACAUAUCUAGAACAAGAAGAUACUACUUGACUGUCAUAAUACUGAGCGCUAUCCUGGGCGUCAUGAUGUUUAUUGCCACAAUUGUCUAUAUAAUGGGAGUAAACCCAACUGCCCAGGCUUCUGGGUCUAUGUACAGUGCACAGAUAUAUGCCAUCUGCAACCAGUUUUAUGCAUCUGCAACUACUGGACUUUACAUGGAUCAAUAUUUGUAUCACUACUGUGUGGUGGAUCCCCAAGAGGCAAUUGCGAUUGUACUGGGGUUCAUGGUUAUCGUGGCUUUUGCUUUAAUAAUUUUCUUUGCUGUGAAAACUCGAAGAAAGAUGGACCAGUAUGACAAGUCGAAUAUUUUGUGGGACAAGGAACAUAUUUAUGAUGAACAACCCCCCAAUGUUGAAGAGUGGGUUAAGAACGUGUCUGCAGGCACACAAGACAUGCCUCCCCCCCCUUCUGAAUAUGUGGAGAGAGUGGACAGUCCCAUGGCCUACUCUUCCAAUGGUAAAGUGAAUGACAAGCGGUUGUAUCCAGAGUCUUCCUAUAAAUCAACACCGGUGCCUGAAGUGGUGCGGGAGCUGCCGGUGACCUCAGCUGUGGGCGACCUCAGGCAGCCUCACUACAGCAGCAGCAGGAACUUCGAGACGCCUUCCAAGAGGGCCCCCACGAAAGGCAGGGCGGGCAAGGCUAAGCGGCCGGAGCAGGACCACUAUGAGACAGACUACACAACUGGUGGCGAGUCGUGCGACGAGCUGGAGGAGGACUGGAUCAGGGAAUAUCCACCCAUCACUUCAGAUCAACAAAGACAACUCUACAAGAGAAAUUUUGACACUGGCCUGCAGGAAUACAAGAGCUUACAAGCAGAACUUGAUGAGGUCAAUAAAGAACUCUCUCGUCUGGAUAAAGAAUUGGAUGACUAUAGAGAAGAAAAUGAAGAGUACAUGGCUGCUGCUGAUGAGUACAAUAGACUGAAGCAAGUUAAGGGAUCUGCAGAUUACAAAAAUAAGAGGAAUUAUUGCAAACAGUUGAAGAGCAAAUUGUCACACAUCAAGAAGAUGGUCGGAGAUUAUGAUAGACAGAAAACAUAGAAGGUUUGCCACACGGUUUGAGAGAUUAAGAAGUAUUUGACAUCUCUGCAAUGUUGUCAAGAGGCAAAAUGACUUUGGAUUUUAACCCAGGAGGCCAAAUCUUUGUGAUCAUUACAAAGUUUUGGUAGCUUUAAUUCAUCAGUAUUGAGUAUUGAAGCAUUUUAUAAAUAGCUUUUGAUAAUCAACUGGGCUGAACACUCCAAUUAAGGAUUCUGUGCUUUAAAAUUCAUCUAUUGUAUUAAGGACUGACUGACUACAGGUUGAGGUUUUUAAACCUUGAAGGAACGUCCCACGGUGACCUGUGCUGUGAACUUGCACAGUCUUUUCUUAACACGUAAGUGCGCUCAUUAGUUCCCAUAGGUGAUCUCAUCCAUUCCUCCCAGAACUCUGCCUUCAAAAUUGUUAUUUAUAACCAUUCCUUCUAAGGUAAGGAAACUCUGUCCCUGCAGUGAAGUCUCUGAAGGGAAAGUGCCUGUUAACUGGCUUGCAAUUUUUUUUUUUCAGUCUGUUUUGUGACUUGAGUCCAUGAAUAAAGUCCCUGGCCUUUUGUAUGUUAGCUAACUAUCGCUAGUGCAUUCUACCAACCUCCCUAUUGAUUUUUUUUUUUUUCUGUGUAUCAGUGGUGUUAAAAGAGCUUUUUAUUGUUUUAUGUUAUCCAGAGAAUAAAGAUCAUGUAAAAAUAACAAAUUGUGAAACUUAAAGAUUGUAAAUAUAUAUUCACCUUUUAAGAAUCAAAAUUUAAACCUCCUGGUUAGAUUUCUGUUGUGUAUUCUAAAAUACUUUGUAAUCUUUUAUGGUUUACAUGCAUUUUUUUUUUAAACUAGGCUUUUUCAUUAUAUCAGAGUAUCUGAUGACGUUGCUAAUUCGGUUGUGACUUGAAUGGUAUCUUAAACAAUGUUCAAGUUCUGUAUAUACUUCCUAAGGUAUUAAGCCUGGUGUUGUCUUCUUUCAUAUAGUCGUUUGACAUUAUUAGUGCUAUUAAGUUUGGGGUUUUAUCUGUUAAUGUUUUAAACUAUUUUGGGUGCUGUGCUGGUUACUAAAUUUCCCAGUCUUUUGGCUAUCAGAAGGCUGAUUUGUCCGGAAACAGAGGGCAAUCCCACAAAACAUCAAAUUAUUUCAGAUGGUGCCCAUCACUUUUUUUUAACUUAAACUUUUAUUAGUAAAGUGAAAGUAGCUGAUAGUGGGCAUAUAGCUAGCCCAGUUGAUUGUGAUUGUCCCCUCAGUUUAGAACUGUUUUUGUAAAAUUUUUGAAGAAUAAUCUUUAAAUAAUCAUUAGUAUACAAUUCAGACAAGUAUGUAAUUCUUUAUAUACAAGUCUGAAUCAUUUUCCAAAGAUACUUCUUAAAAUAAUGUUUCUAUUAUAACAUUGAUUCAUUUCUUCAAAUUGAAGAAAUUCUUAAUUUUCCAUGUGCUGUACAUAUUACAAAAGGUAAGAGUUUAUAGUUUUCAUACCUUUUG